AAUCAAUGAGCUCAGGAAUUUGGCAUUGGCCUAGCUAGUCUCGGCGCCAGUGGCUGGCCGCCGAGCCGGCCUAACUCUGUAGUCUAAAAUGGACAGAAAUGUAGAUGGAAAAGAUCAGUAUAGAUUUAAUUGGAGGGCUCGACACUCAACAGUAAUAGUAAAAGAGGUCCUGUACUGCUGGGGAGGGGACCAAGGAUUAGAUGAAUCAGAAUGCGAUUGCAGCGGUGAUUUUCCUAAAAAGAGACAGCAUAUUUCUGUUAUUGAUGAGUUUGACUUUUCAUCUGGUGUUUGGUCCUCUCAACCUACUAGAGGUACUCCUCCACUGCAUGGGAAUCAGAGGAGUCUCCUGUACCACCAUUAAUAAUAAUAUUUAUUAUUUUGGUGGUUUUUGUGGCCAUGGCAAAUGCUACCAUAACAGUUUGAACUUUUAACUCUUCAGUGGAAAGAAUUAAAACCAACCGGGGACAAUUCUGUGACUAAGAAAGGCUAUGGUGGUAUGAUAGCAAUGGGAAGUGAAGGUGAACCUCAACAGUUACUGGUUAUUGGUGGACUGGCUCCUAUAUCAACUACUACACAGUAUCGUCAGUUUGAAUACCAUAAGAUACCUAGCCGGGUUGAUCGUUUUAGAACUAAUGAGCAUAAUAUCUACAACUUGUCUAGUGGGCAAUGGAUUGUUCCAUUUGUCAGUGGACAGUGUUUUCCACCAACUGAUAAUUUUACAAUUGAAAGGAUUAGUCAUAAUAAAGGAAUCAUAUAUGGAGGGUCAGUAACUGAUGGUGGUAAAAGUAUACCUACUAACAGUAUAUACUUAUUUGAAUUAUCACGUAAUACAAUAAACUGGGAGUCUCUUAGCAAAGGAGCAAUACCUAAUGAUGGACUCUGGACUAAGGAGAGAUAUGCUCAUGCUAGUACUAUUAUCAAUGGUGCCUCUACCUCACCUACACUAGUAGUGAUUGGUGGAGUGGGUAAUUAUGAUGAAACACUGAAUGAAUGUUUGUUAUUAGACACAAAUCAGUACAAUUGGAUGAAGAUUCCUCUACCUGAUUCUGUUACUGGUAGAUAUGCUCAUACUGUAUCAUCUUUUGUUGUUGAUCCUAAUCAUGUGUUCCUGAUAAUAGUGGGGGGUUGUGUAGAGGGUGAACAGGUAGAUGUAGGAGGAGGAGUAAUGGAACAGGUUAACAGCCCUGUCACUGGUCCUAAUAUCACAAUAGUAGUAGAACUAGUUUUUAAUGAUGGUCAAUGGUCAGUGGGUCUAGUAUUAGAUUCAUUUAAUAUUCCUUUAUUGUAUGAACAAAGACUAAAAGAAAGAACAAUUGAAAAGUAUAUACACAUGACAGAUAAAGUGAAAGAGUUUCAAGUUAUAAUUGAGUCUUUACAUCAUGAGAACCAAUCACUUCGGGAGGCACUAUGUGAGACUCAUUCAUUGUCAGUUUCUACUGCUGCUGCUCUUAUGGAAAAAGAUGAAAUAAUUCAAAAACUUGAAACACAACUGCAGGAAACUAAGAAGCAGUUAGUGCAGUUCGCUAAAAUUCCAGUGUAUGGAGCUAAAGUCAUUGAACUGGAGGAUCAGGAUAUUAAAGAGAAACAGAUUCCUUUAGAAGAUCAAGUGAUUGUAAAGAAAGAGAAGAUUGAUGUCACUCUACACGAACAUGAUCAAUUUAGCAUCAAAGGAACUAAUUCUGUUGGAGUACAAUUUAACUACAUGAUCCCCUCAAUGGAUAAUUUGGAAUGUCUGAGUGAUGUCCAGGUAGCAGAGAAGAAGAUGUUCUUAAUUCAAGGAGACAAACCUCAACUGAUGAAUUGGGAGAAAUAUGGUCUAAGGAUUCAAGUACAAGAAGGAAGCCUAUUGUCCUCUGAGACAGUAGAAGCAGCAGUGGUUGCUCUUGUAGGAGGACAGUUCGAGUUUCCUCCUAAUACUGUCCUAGUGAGUGCUGUGUAUGCAGUAUCACUCUCAAAGCCUCUCCUCAAACAACUCAAGUUAGAGAUACAGCACUGCGUUGAUUUAACAGGACGACCAGAUCUUGCACAAUACUUACAGUUUGCUAUAGCUCCCAUUAGCGCACCCAGUCUUCCUUACCAGUUCUCAAUAGUUGAGGGAGGAGAGUUUAGCUCUAAUAGUUGGUAUGGAUCAAUUAAACGUGAGAAGUUCUGUCUUGUAUCUAUUUGUGGCUGUGAUGGAGGAGGAGGAGGAGGUAGUACCAGUUCCUCAUCAGGAGUUUCAUCUAAUUUGGCUGAUCCCAUAUCAGAACCUGCAGGGCCCAGUAUGAGGACAAGGAGCUCAUUGUCAUCUAGUUCUGGGGGUAGCAGUGCAUUACAUCAAGAUCCAGUGUCUCAACAGCAAGAAUCAGCUAGUACUGGAAGUAUAGCUAAAGAAUUAUUGAAAGCUACAACAUAUGCUGGACUGAUUUAUUAUGAAGAAAAAGGUAUAGAGGAUCUAGUCACUUUUACUGCUGCUAAGAAAUUGGAUGCACUUCUUGAGUUUAUUAAGAAGGAACAUUCACUAGCUGAAAGAGGACCUCAUGAAUACUUCUGUAUUGCAUCUCCUAAUGGUUUUGUUGAAUUGAAUUUAAAUGCUCCACAAAAGAAAUCUUAUAAAGGAUGGACUAUUGAACCUCACAAAGAACCUUAAUUGC